GAAAGACAACUUACAAACUCAAGUCUUCGUCAAAAGACACCCUACCAUCUACAGAUCGUCAAUCGACCCUGGAUAGGUAGAUAGCGGAGCUGCCAUUCAAAAGAAUCUUUUCUACUCUAUAAGCCCAGUCUACCUGUCUAGCUAGGUAGUACUUGGGUAGUAAUGGAUCGAUCUAUCCCAAUCUCAAUAUCACUCGAUAGACGAGUAAAACCAGCCCAUCUAUCCCUAAUCUCGCUGCAGCGGCGGCGAAGUACAAACAUAACAAAGAAAGAAACAAACACAACAAACAAUGCAAACCACCAUCCUAAUGAAACUUCGUCUCGCGCCUCUUUCUCGCCAGGAAGCUUCCUCCACCACGCCAGCCGCCACGUCAACCCCUGCAGCCCUCAAGUUAUCGCGAUAGCCACAACUUUAAAUUCUUUCUCGCUCGCGUUCUCGUUCUCGUCCCCGUGUCCGCCAUCCCUGGUCCCCGCUGCGGCCCUCGUAUCACCGGUCCUACCAUCCCUCCGCGCCGGUCCCGCGCCUCAUCACCAGGCCGCGCUGUUUCGCACUCCCUGGUUCUCAUCGAUGCUCGCAAGGGACCUAGCUCUGCGGCUGCUGCUUGGUAUAAUCUUUGGUCUUCACCACGCUUGUUACCCUCCUCUGCUCGCCGCUGCUUCCCUGACCCCCGUUGCUGCAGGAUCCACCACAUGGAACUGCCCGCGCAGGCCUGUCUUGUGUAAAAAUUUCGCCACGGGUAUAGCUACUUGGGGAUUGUCGGUAAGCUCCCAGAACUGGGUGUUAGUAGGGACACGCUAGCGGCCAACUCACGCUUCGUCUCGGCCCGUAGGCUAUUGAGAUGGUUAGUAUCGUACAUGAUGCAACCGCACUGUAAAGCAUCUCCGGGAUCGCCACUGCCUGGUAUAACUGCCGCAUAGCUGUGAGGGAAGUCCCUCGUGUAGACCCUGCGAACCUUCGAAGGCCUAGCAGGCUGGUCCCCGCAUUGGCCACUAUCCUACGUUCGCCCCAUUCUCCUCGCAGG